CGUGCUUUGUCGCCUCUCACUUGAAGCGUCGUUUCUCACUUCAACGCGAUGUCUGGCAUCACUGUCAAGUUUUGGCUCUUGGUUGGUGUGUUUCUCGCGACGCUGAGGUUUCAGGUAUUCGCUGCGGCUGUCUCAUCGAAUGUGUGCACUUUGAGGCCCUUGGGCGCAGGGGAGGAUGAUACGGACCAGGUAUUAGCCGCGAUCGACAGCUGUGGGCAGUACGGCACCACCAUCUUCGAGGCCGGAGAAUACAACAUCACCAGGAAGAUGACGUGGAACUUGGUUUCUUCUCGAGUCGAGAUGCACGGGUACCUGAGCUUCCAGCCUGAUAUCCAGUACUGGUUAAACGCGAACAACACGUACAGAGUCGUCUACAUCCAGGACCAAGCUUCGUGGUUCGUCGUCACUGGGACCGACUUUGAAAUCGACGCGUUCAACUCGGGGGGUAUCAAUGGUAACGGCCAGCCCUGGUGGGAUUACUAUACCACCGUACCGCGAUUGGAUGGCGAUGGACGGCCCCUGGCCCUCACGCUCUAUAACGUCACGGCCGGAAGGGUAACCAACUUCCGGAUUGAGUCCCCUCCGUUCUGGUGUAAUGCGGUAGCGGAGUCUAAGAAUGUGGUAUAUGAUGGGAUGGUGUGUAAUGCGACGAAUACGAAUCCGGAGUUUUAUGGGCAGAUAUCGUCCCGAACACUGAUGGCUGAGGGGUUCGUUCUUACAAUAGGCAUUGACACGUACCGCAGCGAUUCAGUCACACUUAUAAACUGGGAUGUGACGACCGGCGACGACUGCCUGGCUAUUAAAGGCAAUACAACAAACCUGUAUGUCGCGAAUAUAACGUGCAGGGGUGGUAACGGGGUGGCGUUUGGUUCUUUGGGCCAAUAUGUCGAUCUUCCCGACAUAGUGGAGAAUGUGUUCAUGGAAGACAUGAAUAUGGUACGAUUGGCGUCGUACAUUCAGCCGAAUAUGGGAAGUGGGGUCUACUUUAAAUCUUGGAGUGCCACCGUCAACGGCACGCCUCCAACGGGGGGAGGGGGAGGCUUAGGAUACGUCAAGAACGUCGUCGUCCAAAAUGUCAAAGUCGACAAUGUGACGACCCCGAUCUCGCUGUAUCAGACGGACGGCGCAGAGGCUGGUGACGCCCCAUCAAAAUACCAAUUUGAAGACCUUACGUUCAGCGGGUUUACGGGCACAGCCCAGGAAAAUACGAUUGUGAGCAUAGCGUGCAGCUCAGCGGCGCCGUGCCCGAAUAUCACGUUCAGCGAUAUCGACGUUGCUCCGCCGAGUGGUGAAGCGCCGAUGUAUAUCUGCCAGAACGUCAUCAACGAGAGUGGUCUGCCAGAUGUUGGUAACAAUUAUGAGCGUAGUGGAUAUCAAUUUAAGAGGGCGAUGCGGGAACGGGAGAAAAAGUCAAAUGAUGGAUUACGAAAAGAGGAAAAGGUCGGAAGAGGCAUUGAUGAUAUCAGGAGAGUGGGAAGCACAGCCAAGGGUCACAGCUAAUGUGUUUUCCAGGUGGGUCGGAUGGCCGGGAUGGCUGGUGUUAUUCUUGUAGUUACGGUAGUAUCAGGGAAAUAAAGAUACGAUGGACCGGACUGUGCGAGGGGGCCUUGCGUUAUCAGUGUCGUUUGGAGAGUAUCUGCGAGCUGUCUACGAGCUAUCUACGAGGUGUCUGUUCGUAUAGUGGUAGCGACGGGUAUGAUCAUGAAUGGAUUCAUCU